CAUCAACAAGUCGUUGUAGUAUAGUGGUAAGUAUUCCCGCCUGUCACGCGGGUGACCCGGGUUCGAUCCCCGGCAACGGCGCGACCCUUUUCUUUUUUCUGCCAAAAGAAUCAAAAUAAUAUAUUAGUGUCCUCUUUUCCUUGCCGGUGAAGUCACGCCACCUUCGAUUCCCCCAAAGUUUCAAAACUUUAACGCCACUCCUCAACCAUUUGCAAACACAACACAACACAACACCACAACCGCACAAAAUAAAAAUAUGCUGUUCUUAAGAAACAGAAAAAAUGUUUCCUCCUCCACCUCCCCUGUCAUUUCCGCCGCCACAUAUCAGCCGCAGAUGUCCGACGUGUCAACACACUCACGCCGUAAACUGACGACAACAUCGAUCCACAUAAUGGCCUUAGACAGCAUCGUCAACGUGAACUCCCUCUUCACCUUCGCUCUCUUCCUCGGCCUCACCUGGUACCCCACCACCGACCCCAAAUCCGUUCUCAUCGACUCGGCCUCAUGCGCCGCCGGCUCCGCCAUCGCCGAGGACCUCAUAGCCUUCCACGUCUACUCCUUCAGCUCCUUCCUCUUCUCCAGCCUCAUCGCCUUGGCUCUCAAACAAGCCAUCAAGAUGACCACCACACGUAGCAGUGAGAGGAGGACUGGUGCUGUUAGUGGCACCAAUGCCAUGGCCAUGGGGCACCUUAACACAGCCACUUUGCGGGCCGGGAUGCUCGUUUCGGCAGCCGGGUCUGUUUUCGGAUGCGGGUUUUUGAUGAUGGCAUUGGUGGCUUUGGUUCAGAUCAAGUUAGGGGUAUUGGGUUGUGGGAGUAUGUAUACUUAUGCUGCAAUUGGUCCUCUGGUGAUUCUGGUUCCUGUAGCACUUGUGGUUUAUGUUUUUCUUGUGCUUCACGCCUUUACUCGCUAGGAAAUAGGAAUAUAUCUCUUUUUUCUUUUUCUUUUUUUUUUUUUUUUGAGGUGGAAAUCGUAUAUUUUAUAAAACCAAAAGAAAUUGUAAAUAUAUUUUUCAUAUAAACUGUUAUUUGUAUUAGUAGAUCUAUAAAAUGAUUGUGUACUUAUCAAAAAAAAUAUAUAAAAUGAUCGUGUCAAUUGUUA